CAGUGCGCAAUUUUUUAUAGUAAUAAAUAAACGCAUUUUCUUUUCUUUUCCUCUUUGCUUCCACUUCAAAUUUUCACAAUAUGUAAAAAAAAAAAAAAAAACACAACACAACACCAUCUCUCUCCAAAAGACAAAAUGACACUAGCUGUCGAAUUCCCUGCACAAGUUACUUCAUUACUUCACUAAUCACUAUCCCCUCCACCCCCACUCUUCACCUUCAAACCCUAGAAAACUUCUAAAUCUUCCCAACCCCACCCACCCUCUUGAAAAAAGAUCCCAUCUUCGUGCUCGGUUUCCUAAUGGGUGCAACCAAUGCGAAUGGGUCGUGACCCUCUUCUUCUUUUUAUUCUUCUUCUUCUUCUUCUUCUACAAUGGGAAAGUCCGAGGAAGAACAGCAGCAACCUCUGCCCCUGUACGAGGAUCCGCCGCGGAAUGCGGCGUGUCGGUGCCGUUGUUUUCGGAUUCGGAAACUUGUCGGCGUCAGAUGCGUACUCGUACUGGUUGUGUCGGUGGCAGUGUUUCUCUCCGCGGCGUUUUGGUUGCCCCCUUUUAUAAGCCUGGCAGAUCGGAGGAACCUACAUGGUGGUUCCAGAUUCAAAGGUCAUGACAUCGUAGCAAGCUUUAUUGUUAAUAAAUCUGCCUCUUUGCUAGAAGAUAACAAAUUUCAGCUCACGAAUGAAAUUUUUGAUGAGAUAGAUGCUCCCUCUAGCAAAGUAGGCAUCUGGUCUCUAGAUCCCUUACCUGGGCCAAACAAGACAAGAGUGGUUUUUACAGUUGAUCCUGAGGAUAAACAUACAGAAAUGUCUUCAGCUGUCAUCAGUUUGAUAAGAGCAUCAUUUACAACCCUGGUUAUACGCCCAUCAAUUCUUCACCUUACUUCUUCAUCCUUGUUUGGAGAUCCCUACUCUUUUGAAGUGCUGAAAUUUAAGGGAGGAAUUACUAUAAUUCCACAACAGACUGCAUUUCCUCUUCAGAAAGAGCAAGCAAAAUUCAGCUUUAAGUUGAAUUUCCCCAUUUAUCAAAUACAAUCAAAUUUUAAGGAGCUGACUAGUCAACUGAAGUCUGGAUUAUAUCUGACAUCCUUUGAGAACUUGUAUAUCAGCUUAUCGAAUUCUGAAGGUUCAACUGUUGAUGCUCCUACUGUUGUCCAGUCAACCGUUCUACUUGCCGUUGGGAUUACUCCAUCAAAAGAGCGGCUAAAGCAACUGGCUCAAACCAUCAUGGGACCUCAUAAUCUAGGCUUGAAUCACACUGAAUUUGGUAAGGUUAAGCAGGUCCGACUUUCAUCCAUCUUGCAACACUCCCUUCAUGGCAAUGAUGGUAGUGGUUCUGCGUGGUCGCCUUCUCCUGCUCCUCUGCCACAUCCUCCACACCAUCACCACCAUCAUCAACAACAUCAUCAUCAUCAUCACCAUCACCAUGAUGUCCAUCGUACUCCUGCAACUUCUCCUGUACCCAUGUCUAUACAUGUACCAGUACCUGUCCCAACUCCUACACCCUCACCCACACAUGCACCUACACCUACACCUACACCUACACCUACACCCAGGAAGGGUGUGACUCCACCCAAAGUUGGUUCUCCUGCUGCCUCAAAAAGUGCACCUGCACCAGGAAAAAGUUCUCAAUCUGAGCCUCCUAAUUGUCAUUUUAGAAAAAGGUCUACACAUAAUUCUGGGAAGCAUGCUCAUCCUCCAAUGCCUGCAGUUGCCCCUAUUAUCAAUCCACAUCAUCCCGUUCCUGUUGCAUCACCAAAACUACAGGUUGAACCCCCAACACAUGUCUCUCAUUCAGUACCUGCUUUGAGUCCUUUACCAAAUGUAGCUUUUGCUCAUGCUGAGCCCCCUCCUAAGAAUGAACCAGCCCCUGAACGUUCUCAAACACAUUCUCAUGGGCCACCACUGUCUUCAUCUUCUGCAGGUUGUCUUAGAACUGUUAAAUGGGCAUCUUUAAUGCUUAUAGUACUCGUGUUACAUGUAUAACAUAGUACUGGAAUUGUAUCACUCGGCCAAGACAAAACUAGAGUUCCACUACAAAUGUGAGCUACGCAAAAGGCAAGCUGCACAUUCAUCUGAGUGGAUAUAAGCUGUGUCAUCAUGUGUGUAAAUAGUUGAUUAAAAAGAUCCAGACGGUGUAUGUAUGUGUUUUCAGGUCAAAUUCCCCAAGUGGCAGGCCUUGAUCACACACAUUGCCGCUGUUUGUGAUGUAAGAUGAAAAAAGAAAAUGAAAGAAAGAAAAACAGAAGAAAGUAACAAUUUCCUUUUUUGUUUCUCACCAUCCCUUGCAAUAAAAUCAUUAUGUAUGCUUCUCUAAGCCAGCUAAAGGUUAUGUUGGCCGAGUUUGAGCAAUGUAACACGGUUUUGUUGUUAAGAUUCACCCUUUCCCA